ACUUUCAACAUUGUUACAAUCCUCCCAUUUCCUGCAACACACCAUUUCCAUGUCUCUCUUGAAGGUUAUGCUGUUUUAUCUCUCAACGCUGGACCAUACCUGCUGCCUGGACACUGACAACGAUGGAAAUAUAAAGAGCGAAUAUGAGAGGGGUUCGCCACAAACUGUCAUUAGGUUGACAGAGAUGGGAUGCUGAUUUGGGAAUCUCCCCUGGAGAGCAAGAAGCGCCCAGCUGCACCAUGACUGUUUUCAACCAGGAGAAUGUGGAGGAUUAUUACGAUAUUGGAGAUGAGCUCGGAAGUGGUCAGUUUGCUGUGGUGAAGAAAUGCCGUAAUAAGGGCACUGCUGUGGAGUAUGCAGCCAAAUUUAUCAAAAAGAGGCGCAGCAAAUCCAGUCGGCGAGGGGUCUCCAAAGAAGACAUUGAGAGGGAGGUCAGCAUACUGAAGGAAAUCAAACACCCCAAUGUCAUCACCCUGCACGAUGUGUUUGAAAACAAGAACGAGGUCAUUCUCAUCUUGGAGCUUGUGGCAGGUGGAGAACUCUUUGACUUCCUGGCUGAGAAAGAGUCAUUGAGUGAAGAGGAGGCCACCUCGUUCCUCAAGCAGAUCUUGGAUGGAGUCAGUUAUCUGCACUCUAAACAGAUUGCCCACUUUGAUCUGAAGCCGGAGAACAUCAUGCUGUUGAACCGGAGUGUGCCUCACCCCCGCAUUAAGCUCAUUGACUUUGGCCUGGCCCACAAGAUCGAUUUUGGCAACGAUUUCAAAAACAUCUUUGGUACCCCAGAGUUUGUAGCUCCUGAAGUGGUAAACUACGAGCCCCUUGGCCUGGAGGCAGACAUGUGGAGCAUAGGUGUGAUCACUUAUAUACUGCUCAGUGGUGCAUCACCUUUCCUGGGUGAAAAUAAGCAGGAGACACUUGCCAAUGUGUCGGCUGUGGAAUAUGAGUUCGAUGAGGAGUUCUUCAGCAACACCAGUGCUCUGGCCAAAGACUUCAUUGCACAGCUACUGAUCAAAGAUCCAAAAAAAAGAAUGACAAUUCUGGACAGUCUUCAACAUCCCUGGAUUAAGCCAAAGGACACACAACAGGCACUGAGCCGUAAGGAGUCGGCUGUGAACAUGGAGAAAUUUAAGAAGUUUGCUGUCCGAAGGAAGUGGAAGCAAUCGGUGCAUCUCAUCUCUCUGUGUAACCGGCUCUCGCGCUCCUUCCUGUCGAGGAGCAACAUGAGUGUGGCACGCAGUGAUGACACAUUGGAUGAAGAAGACUCAUUUGUGAUAAAGGCUAUUAUCCACGCAAUCAACGACGACAAUGUUCCAGGCCUGAAACACCUGCUUGGCUCUCUGACCAGUUAUGAUAUCAACCAACCCAACAAGCAUGGAACCCCUCCACUCCUGAUCGCAGCAGGAUGUGGAAAUGUCCAGAUCAUUGAUGUGCUAAUGAAAAAAGGGGCGGAUAUUCAAGUACUUGAUAAGACUGGAGCCAACGCUAUCUACCAUGCAUCCCGACAUGGCCAUGUGGGGACCUUAAGAUUCCUGCAUGAAAAGAAGUGCCCUCUGGACAUCCAAGAUAAGUCUGGAGAAACUGCUCUGCAUGUGGCAGCUCGCUAUGGUAACAUGGAAGUUGUCCAAUACCUUUGCAGCAUCCAUGCCAACCCUGACCUACCAGACCGGGAGCAUGAGACACCUCUGCACUGUGCAGCCUGGCACGGUUACUCCACGGUGGCCAGAGCUCUGUGUGAGGCUGGCUGUGAUGUCAACGUCCGGAAUCGUGAAGGUGAGAGCCCAUUGCUCACUGCAUCCGCCCGUGGUUUCAAGGAUAUUGUGGAGUGUCUGCUGGAGCAUGGGGCGGACAUGGACUCCGUUGAUAAGGAUGGUCAUAUUGCUCUACAUCUGGGAGUGAGGAGGUGUCAGAUUGAAGUGGUUAAGUGUUUGCUUAGCCAUCACUGCUAUGUGGACCACCAGGAUCGUCUCGGCAAUACGCCCCUUCACAUCGCCUGCAAGGAUGGCAACUUGCCUGUUGUCAUGCAAAUCUGUGCUGCUAAAGCCAAUCUAGACAUUCCUAACAAAUUUGGAAGAACACCUCUCCAUCUGGCAGCUAGUAGCGGUGGUCUGGAGGUGGUGCGUCAUCUCUGCGUUGCAGGAGCCAACACUGAGGCCAUUACUAAUGAUGGAAAGACAGCAGAAGAUCUGGCAAAUGCUGAACAUCAGGAACAUGUAGCAGUGCUGCUGGCCAAACUGAAAAAGGACAACCAUAAAACCAUUUACAUCCAGCAGCUGCGGCCUACACAGACCCUCCAACCUCGUAUUAAAUUCAAGCUGUUCGGCCAUUCAGGAGCCGGGAAGAGCACUCUGGUGGAGUCUUUAAAGUGUGGGAUCUUGCGGAGUUUCUUCAGGAGGAGGAGAACCAGACUGACCAAUCCUGUCCGACACCCUGCCUCUCCGGUCAGCUCCAAACCUUCAGUGUCUGUGAGCAUCUCUAACCUGUACCCGGGCUGUGAGAAUGUAAGUGUGCGUAGCCGCAGUAUGAUGUUUGAGCCCAGUUUGACUAAAGGAGUUCUGGAGGUCUUCAGUCCCGUACACAAUGCUCUCUCUAUGGCCGACGACACUGCCACCAAAGCCAUCGACAUCCAGAAUGCCAAUGUCAAUGGUGUAGGAGACUUCAGUAUAUGGGAGUUCUCUGGUAAUCCAGUCUACUACUGCUCAUAUGACUACUUUGCUGCAAAUGAUGCCACCGCGAUUCACCUGGUUUUAUUCAGUCUGGAGGAGCCCUAUGAGACUCAGCUGAACCAGGUCACAUUUUGGCUCAACUGCCUCAAGGUUCUCACUCUGCCCGAGGACAACAUUGCCUUUGGAGGGAAGAUCAGGAAUCCACUGCAUGUGGUGCUGGUGGCCACACAUGCUGACAUUGUGAAUCUGCCUCGAUCAUUUGGUGGAGAGUUUAGCUAUGACAAGGAGAGAUCUCUUCUGAAAGAAGUCCGAAACAGGUUUGGGAAUGAUCUGCAGAUCGAUGAGAAGCUCUUUAUCAUGGAUGCAGGAGCAUCCAACUCCAAAGACAUAAAGCUGCUGAGAAACCUUCUGUUAGAGCUCCGAAACAACAUAAUCUCAACCUGCAGGCCUAUGACUCAGUUAGCAGAGAAGCUGUUGUCCACUCUGCCCUCCUGGCGCAAAUUGAAUGGGCCAAACCAGCUAAUGUCAUGGCAGCGUUUUGUUGUGGAUGUGCAGGAUCAAAUCAACCCUUUGGCCAGUGAAGAUGAUCUGCGGGAACUGGCUUUACAACUUCACAGCAUGGGAGAGAUUAACAUCAUGCAGAGUGAGACUGUCCAAGACGUUGUCCUAUUAGACCCUCGGUGGCUGUGUAGUAAUGUACUCUGCAAGCUUCUCUCUAUUGAAACCCCCAAAGCCAUCCACCAUUACCGCGGCCGCUACCGCAUAGAAGAACUCCAAACUCUUGUCUCUGAAGGUGACAUUGAUGAACUUCUCCAGGUGCUGGAUGCCAUGGAUGUAUGUGCACGGGACUUGGCCAACCCUGGUAUGGUUGAUAUCCCUGCCCUCAUACGCACAGGUGGCCUGCAGCACACCUGGACUGACGAGGAAGACAUCGAAGGGGAAGACACUUUGCUUUACGGUGGAGUGCGCUUGGUCCCUGCAGAGCACUUGGCGCCUUUUCCUUGUGGACUCUUCCAUAAGCUGCAAGUGAACUUGUGUCGAUGGAGCCGGCAGCAAAAGCCUGAGGUUGAAGCUGAGGAUGUUCGAUUGUGGACUGGAGGAGCUCGGGUUGUACUUGGUGGUGCUGAGGCUCUGGUUCUGCUUGUUAACCACGGACAGGGCAUGGAGGUACAGUUACGAGGACCUGAAGCAGACCCUGGACGUUGCUAUGCACUGUUGGACACAUUGUGUGGCAUGGCCGAGGGUCUUUUGGCUGCUACAUUGCCUGGUUUGCUUACCGCCCGACAUUAUCUAAGCCCUCAGCAGCUACGGGAGCACCAUGGCCCCAUCAUGCUCUACCAACCGAGGGACUUUUUCCGUGCUCAAGCACGUGGCGAGAACGCCCUAUCCAACACCAUGGGUGGCUAUCGCGAGAGCUUUGUUAGUAUCGUAGCAUUAGGUUGCACCCAGGUCUACAAACAGGGCUGUCUCGGUGGAGAGGUGCACGUGGUGGAGGUCAGUCCUCUGGCCCGACGCAAGCUCUGCCGCCUGCUGGAUCCACCUGAUGCCCUUGGAAAAGACUGGUGUUUACUUGCCAUGAACUUGGGUCUUAGCGAGAUGGCUGCUAAAUACAGUGCUGGCACCAAUGGGACUCCGCCUACAGACCCACUUUCCCUCCCCAGCCCAACAGCCGCACUUCUGCAAGAGUGGAGCCAGCGACAAGAUUCGACCAUAGGUGUUUUGGUUGCAAAAUUGCGAGAACUUGGCCGUCGCGAUGCGGCGGAUUUCCUUCUUAGAGCUGCGCCAGUGUUCCGGGGCAAUGUGGAGAUUCUGGGCACUCCACCAGAGCCCUACAGCCCGGUGUGCAAUGGGGGCGGCACUUCUUACAACUCCAUCAGUUCCGUGAUCUCUCGUUAGGACACAGUGUUUCACUGUCUGUAGAGAAACGUGCAAUUUAACCAGUGGAGUGGUGUUAAAUCUCAGCUUCCUGGUUUUGUAAGGCUGAAGUAUUUGAAUUAGAUACUACGUUCAUAUUCAUGUUGUUGCCCGUUGCAAUUUCUUGAAUGUUCAUCCUCUGUAUCUCUGAAACUGUGCCUGUGUACAUUUUUCCUGCAAAUCUGUUAUUGAUUGUCUCACAUUCCCAAGGGGAAACUGCAGUAGAGUUUUCUUAAAAUGCCCUUAUUCUACAGUUUUAAAUUCUUUUAUAUAUUCAGACAACUGUUAUGGCAUAAUUAUACAAAAUUUGAUGACUGAAUGAUAGAUCACCAAGUGCUUGGCAGCAUUACUUGAUAAAGAGAUAAUGACUCAAACAACAGAGUGCCUUGAAGAUGGUAAGUUUUUGUCAAAGAGCCAUCUUUCUAGAUUUCAAAAUUGGAUGUGCCGUGUGCCACCUACUUAGGCCAUAGCCACACUAAUCCAUUAAUUUGAAAACAUAGUUUUCAGUUUCCUAACGUUGCCAUUUUCCACAAUAUGUGGUCAUUUUCGAGCAUUUACGAAACAUCAUUAUGUUGGUGGAAAACGCUGCUCUAGUGUGGAUGAGAAACGUAAAUAGUGAAAUCAAUACGUUUUCAAACAAAAAUUUAUUGGUGUGGACAUGGCCUGAAAUUAGUUAAAACACAUGUUUCAAUGUUUACCCUUCUUAUAAAACCUUUUGAUGAACAUAUCUAUGGUGAAACAAUAGAUUUAAACCUAUUCUCAAAUAUACAACAGUGGGUAGUUUAAAUUUUCUGCCUGGACAUUCCCUCUUGCAGUAAUAGACAUCAUAUUUCAGACAAGAGUUUUAUUCGACAAAUCAAGCACACACACACACACAAAACAUUGCUUGAAACACAAAAUACAUGCUACCUUAUUUUAAAGUCUAGUUCUUAAGAUCUUUUGUCCUUGUGUAUUUGCUGACAUUAACAUUUGUAAAAUAUUGCAGUCCUGGCAACUUGCCAAAUGGAAAUGAUGACAUAUUCCAGGCAUUAAAAUGUUUUAAAAAUAAUGUCUUCUGCAUCUGUUGAUUAGCAUGAAUAUUGUUAUAAUUGUUCAACUGUUGUCUUACUAUUUUCUGUUUCAGACAUUUACACUGUUGUUGUGCUUUUAAGUCAAGUUUAAUUUGUGCUGACUAUACACUUGAGAAAUAAACCAAAUAAAACAACAGCACUAUUUUAAGGGAUUGAAAUUGGGCAAAGGUGUCCAAAAAUGUAUUUGUAUUUGCAGUGCUGUAGUUAAGCUGUAACAAUACUGAUGUUCCUCAGUUAUAUUUCUACUAGAAAUAUUUAAAUGAAUAGCCAUUGAUUAUUUCUGAUUGGAUUGUAUAGAAUGUGGUAUGCUGGACUCAGAUGCAGUAACAAUUUGAAAACUGUUGAUGGUAGUAAAGACUGUUUCAUGUAAACACAUACCAUUGCUUUCCUUCUUAAGAACAAAUGCAGUUUUGUGUUUUUGUCUGAAAAAUUACCAAGAACUCUGAACUGUCCCAUAUAUUAUUUUGCAACCAGUCUUUCCCCCAAAUCUUUUACCAAAAUUACAAACAACAAACUUUUUAAAGGGAACUAGGCAUAUGUUGUUCUCAUUCCAAAAGAACAUGUUUAUGUUGUGAUUAAGUCUAUGUAUUAUGGAGCUUUUUCUCUGUUUAGCUGUUAUUCAUGAUUUCCCAUUUUAAGACACUUAACAAGGUACAUCAGAGUGGAAUGUAUCCUGUUGUAUUUAAGACUUGUACAGUCAUCUCUUUGCACAAGACCUUUGCCACUAUUUAUAUUAUGUUCUGAACGCAUGUCUCUGAAUGCUCAUAAUACUUCCUUAACUUUACAGUGUACUGAUUUUUUUAUAAUAAAUGGUUU